CGGAUCCAAGGAAAGGGUUCAAUAUAAGAACCAUAUCACACACACACAAACAGAAACAGUAGCACAUCAAACUCCUAUACUCUUCUUCUUCUUCCAUGGAUAAUUCUCUCUCUCUUCCUCUGCAAGAGAGAAUCGGUCGUAAAACCACCCUAAAGAAAGCCAUAGAACUCAUCAUCUUCUUCCUCCUCCUUGCUCUCCUCUCAUAUCGUCUCCUCUCUUUUAAAAACAACAGUGUCACCAAUGGCAUUGUUUGGUAUCUGGCCUUCCUCUGCGAGUUAUGGUUCACCUUCAUCUGGCUCCUAACCAUUAAUAUCAAAUGGAACCCUCUUCAAUACAAAACAUAUCCCCAACACCUCUUACACCAGGUUCUAGACCUUCCCCCUGUGGAUUUGUUUCUAACCACAGCAGACCCUGUCCUUGAGCCACCAAUCAUCACAGUCAACACUGUACUCUCCUUGUUGGCUCUUGAUUACCCAACUCACAAGCUCGCUUGCUACGUAUCUGAUGAUGGUGCUUCCCCUCUUACAUUCUAUGCUCUCUUCCAAGCUUCCAUCUUUGCAAAGCUUUGGGUUCCUUUCUGUAAGAAGUAUAAUGUUCAAGUCAGAGCCCCUUUUAUGUAUUUCUCCGAUGAGCCUAACAAAGCCGUCGGCGAUCUCUCACCGGAGUUCCGACUGGAAUGGAGAAAGAUUAAGAAUGAAUAUGUACAACUUUGCCAUAAAAUUGAAGAGGCGGUUCAAAAAGGCGUUCCAUGUGAGUUGACAGGGGAAUUUGCAGGUUUCUCAGGAAUAGAACGAAGAAACCAUGCUGGCAUAGUUAAGGUUAUAUGGGAGAACAGGGAAAAUGUUCCAGAUGAGCUUCCACAUCUGGUAUACGUGUCUCGCGAGAAGCGUGUAGAGGACCCACAUCAUUUCAAAGCUGGAGCAAUGAACGCAUUGACUAGAGUCUCAGGAGUGAUAACCAACUCCCCUUUUAUGCUCAAUGUUGAUUGCGACAUGUUCGUAAACAAUCCGCAUGUUAUUCUUCAUGCUAUGUGUAUCAUGCUUGGUCUUGAGAAAGAAAUUGAAAGUGGCUUUGUUCAGUAUCCACAAAAAUUCUAUGGAGGCCUUAAGGAUGACCCAUUUGGAAAUCAAUUUGAUAUCGCAAACAAAUACAUAAUGCCUGGAUUGCUAGGACUGCAAGGAUCAAUAUAUGUUGGAACGGGAUGCAUUUUUAGGAGAAAAGCCAUUUAUGGGUUACCACCGGAUGAAGCGGAAACUGAAGGAAGAAAUCUUGAUGUACUUAAUGGAAAAUCACUUGAAGUACUACGAAGAAAGUUUGGAGAUUCAAUUGAAUUUGCAGAGUCAGCAGCUCAAAUAUUAUAUGGGAAAAAUGAAGGAAUAAAUCAUCCACCCAAUCUGUCCAGCUCUAUUGAGGCAGCAAUCCGAGUAACAAAUUCUGUAUAUGAGUCUCAUACUCACUGGGGUACAAAGGUGGGUUGGUCCUAUGGAUCUAUUACAGAAGACAUGUUAACAGGAAUGAGGAUUCAUGCAAAAGGUUGGAGAUCCAUCUACUCUGAUUUGGACCCACCCGCAUUUCUCGGGCGCACACCCACUAGUGGACCCGUUAUUGUGACCCUGAUGAAGAGAUGGGCUACUGGUUUUCUAGAGAUCAUGUUCAGCAGUAGAAGUCCCAUCCUUGUCACUUUCACUGCAAAGCUUCAGUUCAGACAAUGCUUGGCCUAUCUUUCCAUACUGCUUUGGGGACUAUACUCUCUACCCGAGUUCUGCUAUGCUAUAUUGCCCGCAUACAGUAUCUUCACCAACACUCAUUUCCUGCCUAAGGUCUCUGAACCAGCUAUAUUGAUUCCGGGUACCCUUUUCAUUAUUUUUAACCUCUACAAUCUAUUGGAGUACAUCCAAUGUAACCUCUCAGUCAGGGCAUGGUGGAACAACCAGAGAAUGGCAAGGAUAACAACCUCAACUGCAUUCUUAUUUGGACUCCUUAGUGUCAUUCCAAAGCUGUUAGGGUUUUCAGAGACUGUUUUUGAAGUUACACCAAAGUCUCAAAGCAUUUCAAGUCCCAGCUGCAAUGGAGUUGGUGCUGCAGAUGCCGAAAGUGGCUGGUUUGCCUUCGAUGAUUCACCGGUGUUCGUGCCGGCGAUAGCUCUUUUGUUUGUGAAUUUGAUUGCCCUCAUUGUGAGCUUCUUUACUGGGUCAUGGCUGUGCCUAGGUGAGAUCAUUUGCAGUACAUGGGUGGUGCUAAGCUUCUUGCCUUUCCUUAAAGGACUCUUUAGGAAAGGAAUUUAUGGGAUCCCAUCAUCCACCAUAUGCAAAUCAACUGCUCUGGCAUUACUCUUUGUGCACUUCUCAAGGAAAUGGGGUUUUAAAGAUUAAAUGGUCCUUGGGAAUAUAGCAAAUUACCCUCAAGGUUCAAGCUAGGUCAUUUUUUU